UCCUGAGCACAUUACGCGUCUUCGACCAGCGCCACGCGACCUCGUGUAUCAUCCACCCUCCUCUUCCCUCUGCCAGGUGCGAUUGCGUGAUCAACGAGUCGCUCGCCCUCGAACAACCAUUUGUCGACCUCCUUGUGCUUCCGUCUCGAGUGAGUGCGGGAACACGUGCGUGAAAAUCAUCUGGAAACACGAGCGAAAUUCGCACCGAUCUUACUGCACUUUAACUCGUUCCUUCCUGUUUUCUUUUUUCUUUCGUCUCCUCCUCCUUGUUCCUUUCUGCCUUCUUUUCUUUAGGAGAAAAUCCGUGAAGGUCGAAUGUAGGCUUUACGACGAUCGUGGUUUUUUCGUUGCAACGUACGUGAAUAAUUGUCAUUGCGCGGGAAAAGAAAGAUCAGUCUGUGAACGAUCGAGGGAAAUGGAUUUCGAGCGUGCGAGGAUUCGAAGAAGUUAGGAAUCGAAGCUCGAGGGACGAAAACAUGGACGAACUGUGCUUAUGACUGAAAGAGAUCUUUUCUCAGAGGUUGCAAGAAACUGACUCGGCCAAGCUUUUUCGUUCAAACUCCCUCGAUCGGAGUCGUAAAUGAUCGCGCAAUUAUGGGGAACGGAUCGAAGAGGCAAAUUAUCGUACACCUGUGUCAAACUUAUUCUUUCGAAACGAUGCUACAACGAUUUCGAAAUCCUGAACGUUAACCUGCACAUGCCCAAAUCGAUCGAGAUCCAACAUCUUACGAACUCCAAACGGUUUUUACUUUCCUUAGACACGUAGGAAUCGGAGGACGCGUGUAUAAGAGGCGAACGAAAGAGAAAAGAAAAAGAAAGAAAGAAACGAACGACGAAAUUGAAUCGCGGUUUCAUACCCGCAUUUAGACGGGUAUGAAAGCGCACUGCAACGAAAUAGGCGGAUCUUAAAUGUCAAAGGAGACGCGUUCUCGUGGGAACUUUCAAUUAAAAUUUUAUCGGACCGGGGAUAACGGUCGGACGCGGAUUCGAGGCUUCGUAAAAUGUAAUCCCGUCGUUAAACACGCGGCCCGUGACGAGGAUGAUUGAGAUAAGACCGUGGAGAUCGCAUUCGUUGCCUUAUUAAAUCACCGUAUACCCCGAAAAGAUGCGGAUAAAGGGCCGAAAUUACAUCGUUUUAUUCAUUCUCUCCAGGGCACGGUGAAUCGGAAAUCUUACAAAGUCCAACAAAAUUCUUUUCACGUGGAUCUACUGGCGGACGUCUUGAAUAAGAGCAAUAUAGAGGGAUCUCGCUAUUGCGAAGCAAUUUCGUGCUACAAAUCAAACGAAUUGAAUGGAAAAAAGAAGAAAAUACAGGGAACGAUCAAUUUCUCGCGUUCCUUCUACUCCGAUUGUAGGAUUUUAGAGGUUGAUAGAGAGGUGGAAGAAAGAAUAUACGAAACGUCAAAACGGAGCUAGGAUCGCGUUUAAAGAAUUUACGAAACACCUGAAUCCGACGAGGGCAAGAUCUCGAAAGGUUCGAGCAGAGAUGAUCCGAUGGUGUUGAAUACACGUUCUUCGCCGACAUGUACACACCACCCAUGCACGCGUAUUCUUUUCUUUUUCCCGAAGACCCGUUCUAUUUGUUCGACAAGGGAUUUUCAAUCUCGAAAUAGACAUUACGUUCGAUGAUAGGAAAUAGUUUGUACAGAAGCUCGAAGCUGGUCGGAAAAGAAGAGAUUUCUUGAGCCUUUUCCGUGGCAAGCUGACGUCGAGUUUCGAAUUUGCACGUCCUCACGGUGAAGCGAUUGCUUCCUUAAAAGCUUCCCUGUUAGAACUCACAAGUUUUGAAGUGAUUGACGAGACCGCGUUUCAAUCAAAUGAUAAAAAUACCGAACGAUAAAUACGCUAAUUCCAGCGUAGAAGUAAAACAGAAUGUUUUGCUAGCGUAACGCGAUAUCGAGUAAAAUCCCGAAGCAAUUUCAGGUUACACGAAACAGUACUUCUCGUUCCUUUUAUCUCGACACGGUAAACACGUCGAGAAUAAUAGAGUCCGUCGCACGAGAGUUCGUGUGUGACUGUUUGGAAGAUAAGUGAGCGGAAAUCGUCGGGAAACCCUCGGGAUCAGUUUCUGCAACGGCUCGAGCAUCGAAUGUUCACUGUCCAAUGUCGCGUCGUGUCGCAACGAUCGACAAGAGGAUCCGCAACUCGCUGAGAAUGCCAAUCUCGUCGACCAGACUGUUGUGGAAAAGCAAGAGGUGUAAUCCCUUUAAAAGAGUCUCGAGGUGAGUGUCGACGUUGAGGACAUCAACUAGGUAGAGAAGAAAAGCCGAGGAAAAGGAACGAGCACGUGAUUCCUCUUCACGUUUCCCGGAGAGAAAUCUAUUUCGCAAGGCAAAUUCAGGGGGGUAGAAAGUUAUCGUUGCUACUGUUGCGCCUUUAUUACGCGCUCCAGCCGUAUAAUUAACGAUUACUCGAAACGAUCGCUCGAGUCAGAUUUAAGUAUCACGUGUAGGCAGAAAGGGUGAAAUAUAACUGAAGAUUGCUAUCGAAUCCAAGUCCUUGAAGAUCGUCGAUCUGUUUAUACAAUGGCCUCUGCUCUGACAGAAUUUCUCCCUCGGAAAUUUGUUUUGAUAGAUUCUUGAAUUUGUACCAUCGUAUGCGACAAAAACUUGGAAGUUGAAGAGCGAUUCGUAUUCGAUCGUCCAACUUUCAAGGGACGAGUCGAUCGACAAGGCAAAGUAUAUUACGAGAGCUAAUCGCUUUUGCGGGAUUGUGGAACGAACGAGGAACGAGAGAUAUCGCGAGGGAAACAGCAUUGCAAGGCAGAAGAAGUUGGACAACGAGUGAAAUUGCUCGAUACUUCUCAAGGGAAAAAGAACGAAGAACAAACAAGGAAAGGCAAUGGAGGGUCGUUUUGUUGCGACAGCAGGAAAAACUACAUGGACACAACAGGAGAAAACUACGAGAACUGGAUAAAAAAGAAAGUACUUUAGAAGAAGGGGGAGGAAAGUGUCGUUAAUUUCCAUGUGAGAUUGAAACGCACGAUCUCUGUGAAUUACGAUAGUUCGCGAUUGAUUUGAAUUACGAUAGGAAACGAUCUUGGACAGAGAUCGAUCCCCUCUGCCACCUUUCUGCCAAUAGGCUAAUGAUCGCGUAAAUUUGAUUCAAAUUGCGAGGAGAGAAAACGUUACAAUUUCAGAUCGACUAUUUCGCGUUCGAGGAUCAAAGUGGUUAAGAAAUUUUUGAUCAAACUCGUGAUUAUCUGCGGUUGAUUUAAGCAGAGUAGAAAGCAGUUUAAUUUGGCAUUAGUUCUUAUUCUUCUGUUUUCCAUCGCAAAAAGUGUUUACACGUAUACAAGACUUUAGAGAAAGAUUGGCCAGUGUUUGAUAGCGAAUUUGAAAUUUCGAAAAUGUGAUAGUAGCUUAGAGAUUCGAGUUGAAAGACCCGCACUCACGAAAAAUCCUUUUUCUUACAAGAUAUACGCAUGGAAGAUUAAAACAUUCAAAGACUACGAUCCUCAUUACGCGUUAGUGUCUCAAAGUAUACGAAUUUCAUCAGUUUGAUAUUAAUCGCACGAAACUUGUUAAAAUUUGUAAUACAAUUUUAAGGCCAGGCUACUACAUCGUAACUAUGAAAAAUCAGUUCAUCAAAGUUUAGCGAAAAAUUGAAUGGCUCCAGUGUGUAACUAGUGCGUUCAAAUUCCACGAAUUAAGUGAUUUAUGAAAUUGUGGUGAAGGAAUGUGCGAGAAUUUGAAAUCUCACCAUCCGUUUCUCCCCUAAAAUCUCGUCAUCAAAAUAUUCAGAUAGCGUUUAAAUGCCACAAAUCGAAUGUUUUGUUAAACGAUGUGGAAGAAUACUACACUGGGAAUCUUUAACCUAAAACCCUAAUCCCCUUAAAUCGUUAUCAAACUGCGUCAGAAGUGAGUUAAACGUUUCCAAUGUCCAAAUAGUGUUCAAACAGCAUAAAUCGGGUGUUGCAUUAAAAAGAAAGGUACUCGUCGCGUUAAUUUCCCCUUAAAUUGGUAUAACGAACGAACCCAUUAAAACGUACUAAGAGACGUUCAUCAGUGCUUAAUUAACACCCGAAAUCAUAAAUAGUUUCAUCAAACGAUGACCAAUUGUACACGCAAUCUUUAACCGGAAACGUUGUUACUUCCAUUGUUCCCUGAAUUGAAAAUUGAAUCGGAAUCGGUGUAACAAAAUACUCGAAUAGUGUUUAAAUCGUAUAAAACGUGUAUUUUAUCAAGUUGUGAAAAAAGAAAAGAAAAAAGAAAGAAAGAAGACCGCGUAUCGUGAAGUGAUCAUAGAUCUGAGACGACCAUGAAAAAAAGGGAGAAUCGUCUGGCGGUGGGUCAGAUGAACGAAAGUUCUUGCUGCAAGAGAGCGUCGGGAUGCUGCACGCUGUUAUGCUAGGUAGCGGUCCGGGUCGAGGGAGACACGAAUGGUAUCCGGGAUUUUAUUUGCAACGUCGACGACUUGGAUGCAGGAUGAACCGCGCGGAGCAGGAGAACAUAUACAGGCAGAGCAGACAGCUCACGACGAUCGUGCCAUCUCACGAAGAUCUGGUGCUGAGCGUGCUUAAAUCGCCGAUCAGCCAGCAUCAGCAUCAGCACCAGCACCAGCACCAGCAACGCCAGCAGCAUCAUCCUACGCACCAUUCUCACGGACACCAUGUUAACUGCCAAGGUCAUCAGAAUCAUAAGAAGUGCACGCAUUCAGGUGAGACCAACGAGAGUCUUCCACGAAGCAAGGACCAAUGCUCUAGGCUCACAGGAAGGCGGUCGAGCACGGCGUACGCCGUCCUGCAGCCAAGCGAGGACGAGCUCAUCACCGAGCACUGCCUUGAAUCGGAGGACAUGGCAUUGAAAACGCCGGGCAGCGAGACCGAGGACACCGAGGACAACGGCACGCAGAUGGACGAGGCCAGCUCUUCGCCUAGUCGUCGUUUCACAUUCCUCAGACGUUUCCGGUCGCCGAGAUUCGGCGAGGCACACCACAAGAGGGUGCCCACGCCGAUGAAAAGGAAAUAUCGCCGGAAGAAGAGCAAAGAUGACAUUAUCAAUAGUGAUAUGAACGCCACGGAGGUUGAGCCACCUAGCUUGAACCAAGCUGGUGUGCCCGAUCCGUAUUACCCGAUCUAUCUGCCCAUCGACCAGGCCUUUAAAGCCAAGUACGUGUUCCAUCAUAAAAAGGGCAAGACUUUCCAGGAAAGACUGUACGUGUUCCUGGAACAUCCUGGCGGGUGGAUCUGCUUCAUCUACCAUUUCACUGUGUUCAUGGUGGUAUUGGUGUGCCUCAUAUUUAGCGUUUUGUCGACGAUAGACCAGUACAGUAAUUUCGCGAACGAAACCCUCUUUUGGAUGGAAAUAUGUUUGGUGGUGUUCUUUGGCGUGGAAUACCUAGUGAGGUUGUGGAGUGCGGGAUGCAGAUCGAAGUACAUGGGUUGCUGCGGCAGGCUCCGUUUCAUACGGAAACCGAUUUGUAUCAUAGAUUUAAUCGUGGUGGUCGCGUCUAUGGUGGUGUUGUCGGUGGGAAGCAAUGGUCAGGUGUUCGCCACUUCCGCUAUAAGAGGAAUCCGAUUUUUACAAAUAUUGCGGAUGCUUCAUGUCGAUCGACAAGGUGGCACGUGGCGACUUCUCGGCUCCGUCGUUUUUAUUCAUCGUCAGGAGCUGAUCACGACAUUGUACAUCGGGUUCCUAGGUCUUAUUUUCAGCAGCUACUUCGUGUAUCUUGCCGAAAAGGAUGUUGUUGGACCCGAUGGCAAGACAGAUUUUUCCAGCUACGCCGAUGCGUUAUGGUGGGGCGUGAUUACCGUGACCACGAUCGGUUACGGUGAUACUGUCCCACAAACGUGGAUGGGAAAAAUAGUCGCUUCGUGUUUCAGCGUAUUCGCCAUAUCCUUUUUCGCACUUCCAGCCGGAAUAUUGGGCUCUGGUUUUGCACUAAAAGUCCAGCAAAAACAACGACAAAAACACUUCAACAGACAGAUACCAGCCGCUGCGAUGUUAAUACAGUGUCUGUGGAGGUGCUACGCUGCCGACAAAGCCAUCAACAGCGUGGCCACGUGGAACAUCUACAUCAAAGAUCCAACACCAGCCGGACAACCGUCCACACCUUUGGGAAAGUUGAUUUGUGUAAAGAAGAUGUCUCUGAUGAUCCAGGUGGCAAAAAAGGCGAGCGUACUGAAGAGGCGAAAAUCGAGGAACCGGAUGGACGUUCAACAACAGCAACAGUUACCGCCGGUUACGAUAUCCGGUGGUGUGUCCAGUGGCGGUGCUACUGGCGAUGCCGGGGGUCAGAAUGACAACCAACGGAUGGAGAACGAGGGCGACGUAAUCUUCUACAUGGAGGAACCGAAGGCUGGUACACCUAAUCGUGCUAGACGCGACAAUCGGGGAAGCCUCUUCACUUCGCAGACGAGCUCCGUCACGGAGGCUACCAGCGAUGAAAUUGACAUUGAUAUCGAGGAACCACAGAGAGUCACCACGCUGACGGAAGCACAUCGAAACGCCAUAAGGGCGAUCAGGAAGAUUAAGUACUUCGUGGCCAGGAGGAAGUUUCAACAAGCACGGAAACCGUACGACGUGCGCGAUGUGAUCGAACAGUAUAGUCAAGGUCACUUGAAUAUGAUGGUUCGGAUAAAGGAAUUGCAGAGGAGGUUGGACCAGACCCUGGGCAAACCAGGCAGCUACCUAGCAGGAAUCGACCGAGCAGGCAACGUGAAACCGAUGACUAUAGGUGCACGUUUAUACAGGGUCGAACAGCAGUUGUCCGUGAUAGACAAGAAAUUGGACCAGCUGGUCUACGUGCUGAACGCAGUGGCACAAAAGCAACAAAUACCUCUGAGGAGUAUAGAGGACGACGUGUAACAGAAAGCCCCCGGCGAGCUCGUGCCAUCUGUUUCGCGAUCACCAGCAAUUCCGUGGACUUUGCCCCGUGUUACCAUAACCAGCGUCGCCUCGAACAUGCUCAGCAAAAGCGGCUGAAUCGAUGUCUCCGAUAGCCCUCGAGCACGGCACAUAUUUACUGAUUCGUGAGACUUCUCGCGUCACUAACCGAGGUGGAGAUAACGUUCAAAGGAAACUGCAGGCGCAGACAGUUUUAUCGGAUUAUUCUCCCAUUUGUUUUCUUUUUCUUCUUUCUUUUCCCGUCUUUUCUUACUGUUGUCGCCGGUGAUGAAAGGAUAUAAGAAGAAGCGACGAAUCGCGAAGAAUCGAAAAGAUAUCGAUGUAAGUGAUGAAUCGCGAAGGAAUGGAGAAGUAUCGAAAUAAGUGAUAAAUCGCAUCAAGGAUUUCGAAGACCACCGGAAGGAGUGACGAAUUUGGGUGGAUAUUGGAAGAAGCAAUGAAUCGCGAAGGAUUUGGAAGAGCAUUGAAAGAAAUGAUGAAUCGUAAAGAAUUUGAAAAAAAGUAUGGGAAAAAGCGAUGAAUGGCGUGGAUGAAAGGAAAUGGUGGAUGCAUUCAAGGUAGCGAAGGUUUAAAGUAAUUUCAGCAAAGAACCACUGAUAGAAAUGAAAGCUGUGAAAUAAAUGAAAAACGAAAGAUAGAUUAGUUGAUUGAUUGGCUAAUUAAGACGCAAUUCAGGAAGAUACAGUGAAUUAAAGAAGGAAUGAAUCUGUCAUUAAACAUUCAAUUGGUAGUUGUAAAAACAGAUUUGGAUUUAUUUUAGAAAUGGUGUAUGUUGACUAAACUAAAUUGAGUAAGAGUAAAUGAAUAAUCUGUUGCUUGUUAUUGGAAUAUAAUUGAUAUGAAUCGUGAAAACAUCAAGAUAAAUAAAUAUAACGUGAACGUCAGAAUUGUGAUUAG